UGGAUUGGCUGUUCUCAUUGGGUGUAAUCCUCAUACAUCUAACCUUCAUUAAUAUAAACCAACCAACUACGUUAGGUCGUAGAUUUUAAAACUUCCCAACCCGGAAAUAUGUCCGUUCUGAAAAUAUCAGUGAUCGUGGGCUUCGUGCUCCUUGCUCUCUUCUCUGUGAGCCAUGCUGCAUGCUGGCAUGGGAAAAACGAACCAGGGGUGGAUGGUUGUCAGGAUUUUGAGGAUAAAACAUGGCACGAGUUUGGAUCCAGCUGGAAAAACAGCAAGUGUUCAAAGUGCUGGUGCAACCCUGAUUUUAUUAGAUGCUGUCAUGGAUGGCCAACAAGCGUAUCUGCAGGAUGCAGCAUUGAAUACGAUUAUAGCAAGUGUACAUAUAAAAUCACUAAUAAUGCCAAUCCAGGUGCCCCAUGCGCUGCAUCAGGAAAGUGAUUCUGAAGAUCAUAUCAGUAGAUUGAUCAUUGUGUGACUUCUGAGAUCUGAAAUACAAAAAAAAGACAUGUUCCUGAUGAGAUUUAGCUGCAAUUGCAAUAAACUUUUAUUGCUGAA